AUGGCUGGCCUUUUGACUAUUGCCACAUUGCUGUUAGUUCUGGUUGCUUUAAGUCAAGGCACGAAUUCAGAAAGUGCUUCUGGCUGCACGAAUUCAGCCGACUCGAAGACUCUGACUUGCACAAACAUCACAAAGCUGCCGAAACAUAUAGAUGGAAACGUGACGAAAUUGUAAGUACAUAUUAGUAAAUAUAUGUUGGAUUUUUUUUAGUCUUGUCGAUAUUCCAUAUAUCAGGAAAAUUUGGAACUUGAAUAGUAUAUGUGACUUGUGAUCACGUCUCAUUCCAUGUUAGCGCAUUCAUUUGUAAUCAAAUUGCGUUAACAUAUUAUUCACAAAACAAUUUAUUGAUGCAGACUCGCAUGCGAUGUCCGGCUUGACAAAACAAAUGAUAAUAUUAUAUAAUUACUAUGUUACGCUCUUUCCGACACUUUGCUGAGCGAAUAUCAAGCUAAAAUCGCACGAGAUGUUUUGCUGCUUGCUAGGUGAUUUUGCGUGACAGUUUAGAAUUUAAUGCGACCCGGGAAUGCGCUUAUUAAAAUAAAGUUAUCAUAAUUAUGAAUGUGUACAGUCGAAUGUACAUUCAAAGUGCAAACAGCAAGAUGGAUCUACCAAAUUCUAAUAUUUUUAAAUGAGGUGUUAGCUUAUGACCAUGACUCGUUUUGGCAAUUCGCAGGGAUAUACAUGCAUGAUUUACAAUACCAGUAUAAAAUAUCUUAUUCCUAUUAUUAUUUUUGGCGCUUGUAUUGUACAUUUGACUGUUUCUUAUCACAUUUAUAAUAACUGUAUACGCUCCAAUAAUCUGCAACGCAAAUAUGUAUUCCGCUUUUAAUCACUGGUUGUGCAAGGUGGUCAAAAAAACAUGACGCUUGAAAUCUAUUAUAUAUACUAAUGUAUUUUCGACAAAAAAACAUGUCGAAAUGUAUGGAACAGAUAAAGUAAACAGCAACCGUCAACUUGUGAGGUGCUGUUUAAAAUUAAAGAAAACAUUUUCUUAAGGUUGGUUUUAAUACACUAUCAAAUUUCUAUGACCACAAACGGUCCACACUAUGAAUUUUGCAUUGGUAAAUUCUAAGUUUUGAAGGAUUUGUAAGAAAUGUUUGAGGCAAAUGACUCGUCGCUAAACACCGAGUAAGUCCACUCGAACAUUUUUUACAAAUCCUUCAAAUUUUACGUCUGGAAAAUACCUGCUGUGAUUAAAGAGACUUUGAUAGUGUAAACCAGCCAUAUAUAAAGAUCGGCCUCCAGUUUACAAGAGCUCGCUUUCAAGGACGCAUGAAACUCUAUCAUCUGGAUUUCCGAUUUGCGUAACGUCCUUUAUUGGUUUACGACAGCUAAAGAUGUUAUUCAUUAAAGUAAUUUACCGCUGUAUGUAUUUUCGCACGGUAACGCGCAAUAGGAUUAAUGCAUCUUCACUACUUGUGUAAUAUAUAGCUUUCACAGUAAUAGUAUAAAGUUCGCUCAAUGCCAAGAUGCGACAAGGUUCUAGCUGAACAGGUCAAGUUCGCUUUUCACUCAAUUACAUGACUAAGAUUUCGCACUACUAUGACUAAAAGUAGUGACUAAAUCACGAAUUAUUAUGUCGCCAUCUUGUCAUGAGUUCAUGCCCUUAUUAAUCUGCCAUUAAUACCAAGUGUAAAGCUAAUAAUUAGGUUGAACCUUCACACCUCACAAUAUAGACGUAAAGAUAGAUAUAAUACGUAAAGAUAGAUAUAACUUUCCUGCUUUGCUCGUUUUGAAUAUCAUGAACUGAAUGAACUUUUGAAAGAAACUUUUACUUUGAAGCACUUGAAUCAGUUCAACGACAUUUUACAACACGCUUUAUUAUUGCAUUGUGCCAUGGUUAAAAGUUGAGAUAUUUUGUCUUUUCUUGUGUGGAAAGUUGUCAAUGUUUCAUUGGGCGCAGUCAAGCUGGAAAUAUUGCUCUUUUUACAACUGCUUGACUUCAGGAAUCUACAGAGUGACAGACGUGAAAGGCAAUACACCAAUGUUCACUUUGAACAAACUAUGCUUUACUCUCAGUGAAAGAAACUUUGGUAAAACUAGGCUGGAAAAUAUUGCUGCAUUGUCAUUGAGAAAUACGUGCAAUGAAUUAAGUAAACAACCUGCAACAUCUAUUUAAUCAGCUGAAUUGUGUAUAUGCAUGUGGCAUCUGUGUCAUGCAAACUGUUUUUAAUUUAAAGGAAAUGAAGAGCAAAUGAAUGUGAAAAUAAUUAUAUUGAUGUUUAUGUCUGCGAGAAAAACAACUCGUUGGAGAACAUCCUUGUAUAUAGGAUAAACUUGCUGGCACAGUGCCUUUCGUCUAAGAAAAGUGAUUCUAGUUUGACACUGCCACAUGCUUUUAUAAGCACUUACAACAUGUCCUGUAUUUCACUUUAAUUGAAAAAAUCUAACAAUGCUGAGCCUUUUUUAAUUGUUUUUGCCGAGCAAUGACGUCUUCGCACUUUCGAAUGUCGCUUCAAUUUUAAAACGUGUUUCUUCUCUUUGCGCAGGCGUAACACCGUGACAUUUGCCACUAUGUCUGAGGUUUCAUUCUUGUUAUAUACAGUUGUCUCAUUAUAAUUGCAGAGAAGAAUGACCAAACACCGCAGGUUUUCGACAAGUAUUCUUCCUGUAAAUCCUCGUUUACACUAUAUAAAGGUUUCUGUGAUCACAGUAGGAAUUUUGCAUAGAUAAACUCUACGUUUUGAAGGAUUUGUAAGAAAUGUUUGAGGGAACUAACUUAAUGUUAAACAUUGAGUCAUUUCCCUCAAACAUUUCUUACAAAUCCUUCAAAGCUUAGAAUUUACCUUUGCAAAAUUCCUACUGUGAUCACAGGAACUUUGAUAAUGUGCAGGCUUUUAUAAAACCCCGAUGAAACGACUGAUGAGAGUUGAUGAAAGUUGGCAAGCGAGAGUUUGCACGAGAGUUCUCUUAUCUCCCGAUCAAACGAGAACAAGAGUUGCAUGAGAGUUGUAUUAUUCAGGUCAAACGAGCCAAUAUUCUCGUCAACUGUAUGUCAUCAACUCUCGUUAACAUCAAAUUUUGAACAAGCUCAAAGAUCGAGUGUCAAGCGAGAGCUACAACCCUCGUCAACUCAGACAACUCUCGUUUGUCCGGGGCAGUUAAAGAGAUCGCCCAUGCAGGAGUGAACCCGUGGUGUUUGGCAGAAUGUAGAACUAGUGAAAGCAGUCGAUGAAUAAAAUUAAGCAAAAUGUGCGAAAGAAAUUAAAUGUUUAAAAUUCAUCAACAUAUGUAAUUCAAUCAUCACUUUGCGUGAAUGUGAUAUUAUAGCAAGAUUACAACAUAUAAAAUGCAAUAUCUAAUAUAGAAAAACACCUGUUGUGGGGAAGAUACGUAUCGCAUAGGCUAUUUCAAUAUCGGCGGACUCUUACCAACGCAAAUGAAUGCGCCUUUCCAAAAAUCUUUUCAUAAACGUAUGUCUUGGGCCUCUUGGCUAUAUACAGUGCCCUUAUAUAUCCUUUUAUUAAAUGCUAAAUAUAGCCUAUAUAAUCCUAUACAAAGGUGAAUGCUUCACCAAAUUAGUACACAUGGUGUUUCCCACAUGACAAAACAAUCUCCAGCCAGGAAAUGUUUUUUUAUUUUUCUACUUGUACAUCAAUCCCAUCACAAAAAAAGAUGCAGAUAUUGAUAGAUUGAGAUACAACUACCUGAAAAAUACAAGGAGAACUUCGUGGUUUCGAGCGAAUGCCCUUCGUUGGAACUUCGCAGAACGUUGUCCCGAAACGUCGAAGUUCUCCUUGUAUUUUUUAGGGAGUUGCAUCGCUAUCGAUCCAAAGCUUUCUCUUAUUAUUGCCACGACCUCCACUGACACAGAUCAUUCACGAUUCUGUUUCAUCAUGCAUGCUCCAACUUGUUCUCCUGGCGGCAUUUCAAUGUUUGCAGUCAAGGUCGGCAACUAUUGUCAUUGAUCUAUUUAUAUCUCAAUCUUAACCUGUUGAAAGGAUGUAUACAUGCACAAGUGUUUUUGCUAUGCAAAGAAUAACAAUUUAUUUCAACCCGAGUUUAUUCUAGACUUGGGAAUGGCCUGAAUUUUUGAAAUUAGAUUUAAUGAACUACAAAGUAAACAGUUUACCCCAUUAUAUGUAAUUUAUGUAUAAACAUUAAUUAUGACAUUUUACAGUUGUUUUUGUCUUCAAUCUUUUUCUCUUUUAUUACAUUGUAGACAAAUUCGUAGUUCUAAAUUGGACUCUUCUGAGCUAGAAAAUAUUGAUGUACCAAAGAAUGUGGGCAAAAUGUAAGUCUCUCUUGAUUUUGCGAAGGAUGUGGUUAGUGUCCUCCAUUUCAGUGAGCUUCGACGGUUUUCCUUCUUGACCAAGAAACCCUAUACCACUUAAGCUGUUCUCUGUGAUCAGAAAAAAAUCUUCGACAUCAAUGAAAACUUUCGACAUCACGUUUGUGCUGCGUGACCUUCGUAAUUCAACUCCUACCAGGAAAUAUGAUAACUUUCAUCACCCUCUACUCUAUUUCUCAUUCAGAAAGUUUAUUUCUUUUUGUGAGAAAAAUAGUUUUACCAUUGCAGUUAAAAUAAUCUCAUUUUUUUCUUAUGUAUUAAUAUAGAGAAAUCGUUGAUUCCACUCUGGAAAGAAUAGAAAAUAUUGUUUUGCCAAAACACAUUAUGAAGCUGUGAGUUCAACACUAUAAAUCAUCUAUUAAGACUUCAAGGGAUUAUUUAUUUCACGCACGUUUGAGGGAGUGUUGCUUAUUAAAGACAAAAGACUCAGGAUUCAAAUUACAUUGUACACUAACAGACAUAUUUCUAUCUCUUUAGGCGAAUACGUAAUUGCCAAAUAAAAACUAUUGGAAAGUUUAACUCUGCUAACAAACACUUAAAAGAGUUGUAAGUAUAAAAUUCUCUUUAUAAAUCAUACCGCAUAUAGAGGCUGACUACUACUCGCAUUAGCCAUAUUUUUGGCGUGGAAAAAUCUUUGGCAUUCAGGGAACAAAGAUUUUUAUAUAUUCCAUAUUUCUAUUUAAUAGGUACAUUUCACAAAACCGGCCUGUUAAACUCAACAUCGAGUCUGGAGCAUUCGACAACCUUGCCAAUCUUAUACAUCU